CGUUAGUAACACUGCGGCGGCAUGGCUCCGCGCGGCUUAUGAAGAAAUUAAAAUUUAUUUUUGUAUUUAGGUAGUGAACAGUUGAUAUAAUUGAUUUAUAAUCUCUCUUGAGUAGUUUUUAAUAUCAAUAUGGGUAAACCUGAGUUUAAUGGACAACGUGGUGGCGGCGGUGGUCGGGGAGGCUUCCGUGGCGGGCGAGGAGGCGGAGGCGGAGGCCGAGGUGGCGGUGGAGGCCGUGGAGGCUUCGGCGGUGGCCGCGGUGGCGGCGGCGGUAAAUUCGAGAAGAGGGGCGGCGGCGGCGGCGGCCGAGGAUUCGGCGGAGGUCGUGGCGGUGGACGCGGCCGCGGAGGACCCCCCAAGAGAGGAGGCUUCAAGGGGGGCAAGCAAGUUAUCAUCGAACCACACAGGCAUGCAGGAGUGUUCAUAGCAAGAGGCAAAGAAGAUGCACUCGUUACGAGGAAUUUGGUGCCCGGCUCAGAAGUGUAUGGCGAGAAAAGGAUAUCUGUUGAGAAUGAAGGCGAGAAGAUUGAGUACAGAGUAUGGAAUCCAUUCAGAUCGAAAUUGGCUGCAGCCAUUAUGGGUGGUGUGGAUGCUAUCCACAUGCCUCCAGGGUCCAGGGUGCUGUACUUGGGUGCCGCCAGUGGGACCACCGUCAGCCAUGUGUCAGAUAUUGUUGGACCUGAAGGCCUAGUAUAUGCUGUAGAAUUCUCACACAGAUCUGGGAGGGAUCUCCUCAAUGUGGCAAAGAAAAGAACAAAUAUCAUACCCAUUAUAGAAGAUGCUAGACAUCCACUGAAGUACAGAAUGCUAGUUGGCAUGGUGGACACAAUAUUUGCUGAUGUGGCGCAACCAGACCAAGCCAGGAUAGUCAGUCUGAACGCGCAGCACUUCCUCAAGAACGGCGGUCAUUUUGUUAUAUCAAUAAAGGCAUCGUGCAUAGACUCGACGGCGCAACCGGAAGCAGUUUUCGCGUCAGAAGUGAAGAAAUUACAAGCGGACAAGUUGAAACCACAAGAGCAGCUUACCUUAGAACCUUAUGAGAGAGACCAUGCAGUAGUGGUUGGGGUAUUCAGACCACCGCCCAAGAAAGCAUAGACAAAAAUCAAUGACUAGUUAUUUUUUUUAAUUACAGACUAACCCCUUAUUCAUAAAAAUGUUAUUCAUUUAAUUAACCUAUUUUAGUUAUUGUUUUUUGAACUCUUAUAUAUAAAUAUAGGAGAUCUUAGACUUUUUAUGUGCGGACACUAUUACUGUAAUAGUUUGCAUCAACAAGUAUUGGCGAAUGGAACCACAUGUAUCAGUAUUUCUUUUUAAGUGUGGUAAUUUUUGACAAAUAUAUACAUUUAUUGUGACUACAUACAGUUUAUAUGUGGAACAUUUUCAGAACCUGCAUGUUUUCGACACAAUGUAUAUUGGUAUGAAAUAAAUAAAAUAAAAAAAAAAUUAAAUGUAAUUUGCCUUGUUUAAAAAAAACUGUAAAUACCGAACUUCUCAGACUUGGCAUGUGUAUGCAAAAUGACGGUCAUUUCAUUCCUAAAUAAGCGUCCAACAUUAUUACCUAUAUAAAUAUAUAGGGUAAUAAUGCAUUUAUAUAUAUGUGUGUGUGUGAGUUUAAAGUAUUCCUUAUUUAAAAGUUACGGAAUAUUCUAAUAUUUGAAAUAGGUUUGUAGUUUUCAGUUUUUAUGAAUAAGGGGAUUUGAAUAUACAGAAAGAUGCAUUUACAUACGAAAAUGCAUUAAAACAGGUUAUUGCAACAUUAUUUUUAAAUGUUGCCAUAUCUAGAAAUUAAACUGUAUUUGUUUCACAUGUCGAAAUAUUUUGGACUGUGAUAUAUUUCCAACUUAAGUAGAAGUUUUUCAUCAGUAAAAAUGUCAAGUUAUUUUUAAGUUUUAAACCUAUUUCACACAAUGAUUUUACAACAGUGUAUUGUGAAAAGGCUUUUAGUCAUAAGUUGUGCAUAUGAGAUGAAUGUAUGUUAAAUAGGUGAUAAGAGAGAAAUAUAAAAUGGUUCAAUUGAGA